AUGAGCGAGUUUAUGCCACUCCUCGAUGCUCCCAGAGCCCUGAAAGCCUUCCACACCCUGAUGCACCCGGUGUGUGACGCCAUCUACGAUCGCAUGGCCACGCGCAUCUGCCAGUUCCUGCUUCCCUUCAAAGGAGCCCCCGGUGAGCCUUUCCACCGACACGGAGCUGAAGGGCAAGUCAGCUUUCUAGAAAUUAUUGCCCUGCCGGCGAGCGAGUGGCAGAAUGUGGAGCGCCAUAAGUGGAAUUGCGACUACCCGCUGCUGUUCAACAGCCCCAAGGGGUUUGACUUUGAGUUUCAGCCAGUCGAUCGCCGUGCAGAUGGCGAGAUCACUCAUGACAUCGUGGACCGUGAGUUCUGGGCCCAUGAGUGGGACGCUGACGAUGUGAAAGCUUACCUUGACUCUGUGUAUCCUCACUAUCGGGAGCAAGCCGGGGAAAGCCAUUCGGAGAUGAAAACUUUGCGCAAAGAGCUUCGGGUAGCGAUGGGCGGGAAACAGAAGGUCACAUUUUCCGUGGUACUCGUUCUGGGGACCAAGAAAUGA